AGAGAAUUCAGGAAUCUCAGAUGACAUCUCAGUGUAUUAAAAAGCGCUGUAGGGAGCCCUAAACCAGACUGCAAAAAGCAGUUUUCCCUGGGCUACAUUUAAACAAUCCUAUAAGCUUUCUAUUGACAGUUUAUACUUUCCUCUUGGUGCGCAUCAGCUGUUGGGGAAAAAAGCUGUUUGACUAGUCCAAAUGGAUGCAAUUUUGAACUGCAAUCUGGAUGAUAUAGAAGAUUAUUACAUCUUGCUAGGAUGUGAUGAACUAUCCACGGUUGAACAAAUUCUUGCAGAGUUUAAGGUUAAAGCCCUUGAGUGUCACCCUGACAAACAUCCUGGAAACCCUAAAGCUGUGGAGAAUUUUCAGAAGCUGCAGCAGGCUAAGGAGAUUCUUACUAACGAAGAAAGUCGAGCUUGUUAUGAUUACUGGCGACGAAGCAAAAUUACCAUUCCAUUCCAGCAGUGGGAGGCUCUGAGCAACUCCAUAAAAACGUCAAUGCACUGGGCUGUCAGAAGUAAAAAAGAGCCAAUGCUGGAAGCACCUGAGCUAAAUAAUAGCAACAACAUAACUAAUGACACUUGGGCCCAACAGACUGAAAACAAUAAAGAUGGAUUGUCAGAUGAGAGAAGGGAGCAAGAUGAUGCUGAGACUUCUGAUGAGAAGCCACAAUCUCCAAAGAGUCCAGACUCUCCAAGAUUUUUAGAUGCAAAUUGCUCGCACUUGCGUUUCCGCUGGUCAGGUGAUGCCCCUUCAGAGCUUCUGAGGAAGUUCAGAAACUAUGAAAUAUAAAGUGUGAGCCCAAGACACAUGACAGCAUGGAAUUGUCUACUCAACCGUGCAGUAUUUUUUGUCCAUGGUUAACACUUGUUUGUAUCUUGUGCCUAUUCACCAUUAUUUGAAUGUUCAAUUAUGUGGCUUUUGUAACUCUGAUCUGUUAUCACACUUUGUAUAAGUAUUUUAGGAGGAAGAAUUUUGAGGGCCAGGCACUACCUUUAUUCAGUAUUAGCAUAAGUAACAAUUAUAUGCAUAAAGUGGUCCAGUGUUUUAUAUCAGUUUCCUGUGUUCUUCUUUAGUAUACAAUCAGAUGGCUUUUCUGUCCAUAUUAAAUAUAUAAGAAUGUAUUGUGCGUAUAUAUUUCUUGCAGGAUGAAGAACUCAUGGUAUUAAAAAAUAAUCUCCCAAACCUGAAUGACAAUGAAUUUUAAAUACAGCUGUGUAUAUUUCUAAAUUAGAUAUUUUGGGCCUGAUACUCCACUGCCUUGCACAUUGUGUAGUCAUUCAGACCUAUGCACAGUGGGUGUAAAACAAGUGUAAAUAAUUGGAGAGUUCCGACUUCGUAAUGUUUUGCACUGGAGUUAGUGACUAAAUGAGAUAGUGGAAAAUCAGGUCCAUUAAGUUUUAACAUGAGCAACAAUUAACAUGAAACACUUUGAUUCUUUGGGCAAUGUUACAAAUUUUUAACACUGUAUAACCUAUGUAUAUAUACUGAUAGUGCUAAAAUGAAUUUGUGGAUUGAAGACAUUUUGUUUGUUGGGUGGCCAGCUAACUUUACAGCAACAAAGUUAAGUUACUGCAGGAUAUAUACAUAAAUAUUGACUGUUCUUUUAAUUUCUUGGAUCCAGAUCAUCCCCUGAAGUUUCCUGCCUACCAUCUCUUCAAAUGGGAGAGAUUUGAGGGGGGCCAUGCAAAAGAGAAGGUGUGAAGCCUCCCUAAAACCCAUGAAUAUUUGGGAGCUUCAGGGAAGGGUAAUCCAGAUCAUCAGAGACAAAGAUGUCUCCUGUAUCUGUGCUUGUACAGGGAAACUAUGCUAUUACUAGCUCAGUCACCCUGUGGUUAGCAGCUGCCAAGGAAACCUUAUCUAAAUAUUAUGAUUAUUGUAUCAGAUAAUUCUUUGGCCAAUAGUUGCAAUACAACCGUGGAGUUAUUUUUGUGUUAUGCAAAAUAAAAUACCAUUCACAUUGUAGCUCUGUAAUCUUGGCACAAAUGAAAAAACUUAUAUGGAACUGGGAACAUGCUGAUAGUCCCAAAGCUUUUUAAAUAUAAAUGGCAAGUUAAUAGUUAAAAAAUGUCAUCUGAUGAACAGAUUAAAGCUGAAUGCAAAUAAUGUCAUUAAAAAUUCCAGUCUCAGUAAAAUUGAAGGGUGAGCACAAUUGUUUCCUGUUUGCUUAUUUUGUUCUCAGAAUAUGAUGAUAGCUACAGGUUCAAUAAUAGUAGAAAGUGGCACUGAUGACUAAUACUGUUAUUGAGAAGCUUUAAUUUCCUGAAGUCAAACACUGUUACCUUCCACUUUCAUAUCCAUAAAUGAGGAGAAACCAAGAUUGCUGGGGAUGCAGUGAGCGAAGAUGUUAUAAAGCUGAUGCAACGACAUAGCAAAUGAUAAAAUGACUCACAAUAAAGGCUUCAGUCUUUCAGAUGCUG